UAUUGGUGUUUGGAUUAGAUAUAUUCAGGGUUAUAUUAGGCUGUUGUGGUAUUUGUGUGGUUCUGCUAGAAUUUUGGGAAGAGGAAGAUGGUAAAAUAAGAUAUCAAGAGUCUAAUAAUAACUCUAAUAAUGAAAAUGGCAAAGAAAAAGAAAAUUCAUCUUCAGAUAGUGAUAAUCAUGAUGAGAGUCUGCAAGAUGACAUGAGAGCUAAUGAAAUAAAUGAGAAUGUUUCCAAAUUCAUUUCCAUUCAAAAUUUAUCAAACAAUAAUGAUAUCACUUAG